AUGACUGAUGAAUUUAACCGAUACUAUAUCAGAAUUCGAGCUAUUUUGGGAAUAUAUUCAAAAACAAUCUUCGACGAACUUACAGAAGCAUUGGGACCUGAUGCUUCAUCAUAUCCAAUGGUCAGAAAAUGGACGAAACGUUUUCGUGAAGGAAGAGAAGAUGUCAGUAAUGAUCCUCGAUCUGGUCGUCCGAUUUCGGUACUUAGAGAUGAAAAUAUUGAGCGCGUUCGACAAGUUAUCGAAGAUGACCCACACUCAACUUAUGAUGAUAUUACGGUUGAGACUGGUCUAUCUCGUGGUACAAUAGAACGAAUUAUUCAUGAUUGUCUAAAGAUGAGAAAAGUUACAUCACGUUGGGUUGCUCAUCAACUCACUGACGAACAAAAACAAGAACGAUUUAGAAUUUGUCGUCAAAAUUUAGAGAAAUUCAGAAACGGAACGUGGCGGUUAUGUAAUAUUAUUACUGGUCAUGAGACAUGGAUUUAUCACAGAUAG